GUCUUCACUGGGCGCGUGUUCGACCUCUGGAUGCUCGGCAUCGCCCAUCACAUUCCUCGACUUGUGCUCGAAGACGCCCCGGCCGCUCGUCCCAAUCGCGCACUCAUCGAAGUGCUCGAGUACGCGUGCCCGGAGCAGCUCACGAUCAGCUUCCGAGGUGUUCCCCUACUGGAGGUCAUGAACUCGGACUUCCUCGAAGCCCUGUGCUCGACCGACAUGUCGCAUUUGAAGAACCUGAAGCUUGAGCUACACCUCACCGUCUACGACUGCGAGCUUGACGUCGGCCGUGCCUAGAGCAUCAUUGGGGACGCACUUGCUCCCUUGGAGCUCUCCCACCUCGAGAUUACCGUGCGCGACGUUGGCCUGUACCCGGACAUACAGUUCCGCGAUGAGUCCAACCCGCUCGCGAUGGCUCCGACCGUGACGAUCGUGCACCUCUGUUCGAGGACCGUCCCUCCCGCCCCAGGAACGCGCCCGCGCCCAGUGUCUCAUCUGC